UGUGUGUGACAUUGAGCGUGAAUAUAUGAAUACACGACUUCAGUAUGUGUCUUUUUGACGUCCAGUACAUGUAGCUCAAAUAGGAUUAAAUAGACCUCUGGUUCAGAAAUAUGGUGUCAUAUUAUUAUCAUUGGUUUGAAAGUUGUUUCCAUUAUUAUGUGACAUAAGCCCAUCCAAGCUAGUUCCAUUUCACGAGUCAAACCAGCAGCACACAGUCUUAGUAAAUAAGAUUAGCCUCCUAAAAUGGGUUAAAGGACAGAGAGGAAGGAUCUUCUCUUAAUCCCAAAGUUUGCCUGUAAGAAGAUCAGGAUUUGUCUGUGUCUUCGUGCCAUCGCUCGGUGAUUCAGGCCUUUAUAAAGAGCCGCGCGGUCCUCGGCCCUUUCGCUCGUAGGACAGGUACGACCGCAGGAUGGCAAAAGAUUUCUACCUCUACGAGAACAUCUCGAAAGUGAGUCCCUUCGAGGGGCCACAGUACCACCUGGCACCGAGAUGGGUGUUCUACCUCCAAGCUGCGUUCAUGGGCUUCGUCUUCUUCUGCGGCUUCCCCUUGAACUCCCUCGUGCUCCUCGUGACCAUAAAGUACAAGAAGCUGCGGCAGCCGCUCAAUUACAUCCUGGUCAACAUCUCGGUGGGAGGGUGGGUGUUCGUCACCUUCUCCGUCAGCCAGGUGUUCGUCUCCAGUUUGAGGGGGUAUUACUUUCUGGGCCACACACUGUGUGCUAUGGAAUCCUGCAUGGGAUCGAUUGCAGCUCUGGUGACUGCCUGGUCUCUUGCUGUCCUCGCCUUCGAAAGAUACGUCGUCAUUUGCAAACCAUUUGGAACUUUCAAAUUUGGCAACAGUCAAGCAUUAAUGGGCGUGGCCUUCACCUGGGUCAUGGGGAUUGGUUCAGCCACACCGCCCUUCUUUGGCUGGAGCAGAUACAUCCCUGAGGGUCUGGGCUGCUCCUGUGGGCCUGAUUGGUACACUGUUGGCACGGAGUACAACACCGUGAGCUACACCUACUUCCUGAUGGUCACCAGCUACAUCGCUCCUCUGUCCCUCAUCAUCUUCUCCUACUCUCAGCUGCUGGGGGCCCUCAGAGCCGUAGCCGCCCAGCAAGCGGAGUCGGCCUCUACCCAGAAGGCGGAGAAGGAGGUGUCCAGGAUGAUUGUGGUCAUGGUGAGCUCCUAUCUGGUGUGUUACACCCCCUAUGCCAUCGCGGCCAUGUACUUCACCCUGGACCACGAGUCAGAGAAGGACUACAGGCUGGUCAGCAUCCCCGCCCUCUUCUCCAAGAGCUCCUGUGUCUACAACCCGCUCAUCUACUGCUUCAUGAACAAGCAGUUCAAUGCCUGUAUCAUGGAGACAGUGUUCGGGAAGAAGAUCUCAGAGGAGUCUGAGGUGUCCAGCAAAACGGAGACCUCGUCUGUCAGCACCGCCUGAGCGCCACAUCGACGCCAUGGCAACGCCCCGACGACGCACCCGCAGAGACGCAGCAACAGCAGCAGCACAGUCACACACCACCUGCUGCAGGACCCCUGUCAAUCACAGCUCUCUUUGCCAGCAAAUCCCAACCAGCCAAUCACAGCACAGCCCACGCUACCAGCGCUGCAGCAGAUUGACUGCACUGCUGUCUGUCACGGUUUGCUGCUGCUGUAAGAACUGUCAGUUAAAAUCAUUCACUUGCUCAGCAGACAUCCCAACGCAGAGCGACCUCAGCAUCUUACCUUCCACAUAUCAUCUCCUGCGGGUUGGAUAUUUACUGAAGCAACUUAAAUUGAGUACCUGCGUGUGGGACUCGCCCUCAGUUAUAAAUCCAGUUCCUUAACCACCGUACCACACUGACACAAACAAGCAGCUCUCUGCUGAAUAGAGAGUAAAAGAGAGUCAA